AAAAAAGGAAUAACUAAGCCCGUUUGACUUCCGCUCACGAUACAAAAUCUGAAUCUGUUUAUGAGCCUUUUUAAAUUGAACAUGCGUACUAUGACCUUGUAACUUGAAGAGGACAUUGGGAUAUGCUGAAAUCUGUGUGCGUAAGUUGUGUACCUCUGCUAGGAAGAUUAUUUCCGCUAGUCACUAAUCUAACAUUGCAAGUAUACUUGCUACAUGUCGCUCAACGCCUGACUAAAAGAGUCGUGAUGUUCGGGAGGUGAAGUGAAAAUUGAAUCGUCUUGGGUCUUUGAAACAACAAGAAUAACGAAUGAUAAUUCAUAAGUUAACUUUGUAUUGCAGACGGUUCUAUAGAAUUGCUGAGAGUGCCGUGAUGUGGCUUUUUCGUACUGAAAUUUGUUUAUUUCUGUCAGUUUCCGCCAUUCUUUCAGCGUUUUGUGUACUUGAGUCCAUACUUCACCCUGAAGAAAACUCAGAAACGUUGGAAGUAUUGACAUUAUCAAAUUAUACCAGUUCAGAUUCGGAACUUGACGAUAAUGCUUCUUCACCAAUCGAAAAUAUAUCAACUUUCAUAUCACUUGUCCUGGGGCUGUUUGCAGUUCUUUUGGUUCUCUGGAAAGUAGCUGUAAUUAUGUUUUUUGGAAGCUUGACAUCUACUGAAAGAGUAUCCCUUUCCAAGUCUCUCUUUCGUUUUGUUCUUUUCCAUUUUAUCAUACUUUCCGGCGCAAUUAAUCCUUCUCGAUUGACAAGUCUCUUGGGAUGGCUUUGUUGGUUCAGUAUUCUCGGUGUGUUGCACAUGUUAACAUCUGUGGCUUCUUCCAGAUGUAACCAAAUGUCGGCUUCUGGUGCCGUAAACAUGCGCCAGUGGUUGCGGAUAUACUGUAUGUUUAUUAUCAUUUCUUUUGCAAAUUGGUACUUACUUAAAGCCGGUUUGGAAAACUGCUUCACGUUGGCAGACAUAGAUGUCUCAACUAGUGGAGACUUUUUAGAUCUUCAUUCACGGAAUUCCUUCUUAACUGGCCUCAAAACACCAACUGUGUUGGGUGCAUUGAAAGCUAAAAUAACAGGGAAAAAGGAGCUUUUGUAUGAUGCUGUUGAUGUUGUCGCCCUACUUAUAUCUGAGUUUGCGCUUCUGAUGUGUACAAUAUCACAUCUUGUUUGUGGAUUAAUCAUACAGACAUAUGACCGUUGGUGUCUACGCAAUGGUCAAAGCUGGCAAUACCAUUCAACAGUUACGUACUAUUAUGAGCUCUUUUUCACAUGCUUUUACCGGCUAACAGAAAUAACGCACUAUCUACAUCUUCUAUUAUGGAGUAGAGUGUUUUCUGUGGCUAGCCUUGUUGUUUUCUUGCAUAUACGUGUAUCUUACUCAAACUUGGCUAACAGUAUAUCUCGCCACCUAGCACAAAGACGACUAAUGAAAUACAUCAAUGAGAACUACCAGGCUUGCAAGACAGGGUAUUAUGCCGCUUCCAAGGAUGCUAGUGAAAAAACAGAAACAGACGAUAAGACUUCACAAAUGUUCUACUUUGAUAACGAAAAUCAAUCUGCACUUAUUUGUGCAAUAUGUUGGGAUGUUAUGACAGAUUGGCGUCGAUUACCAUGUCGUCAUGAUUUCCACGAACACUGUCUUCGUGCUUGGCUUGAACAGAAUCCAAGUUGUCCUACUUGUCGGCGUGAUUUGGGCAUACCUCCUAUACUUCUUCACAAUCAUAACAGGACACAACGGUCGGAAAACGUAGCAUUUGGUAUGCUUGUUCGAAACUUGUUCAAUAAUGUUGGAAACGAAGGUCCAACUAAUCGUAACGGAGUCAAUAAUGUACAGCCACUGAUUACACCUCAUAAUGCAAUUCAACCUAACCAAACGUCUGGUAUUUCCAGGAUGUUCGCUACGGCUGUAGGGUUAAAUCUUGGAUUAAGUAUUGGUUCUGCCCCAGUUGUCGCUGCUGCCGCUCAAACGGCUGCACUAAAUGCACUACCUCGUGAAUCAGGCACACAAGGUUCUGUUGCUAGUAUUUCUGGCUCACAGACUGAAGAAACACCAAAUGUCCAUACACAGAAUGAGGAUAAUUCAUCUGUACGAGAAGCAACGCAUACUGAUGACCAAAAUCAAACUGCUCCAGGAAAUGAAGCUAGAGACCAAAUUAGACGUAGAUCUUUCCAUUUUGAUGGAUCACGCUAUUUCUCCUGGUUACCAUCUUUACAUGUUGAACUGUCUGAAGUAUUUCGUGAGGUAUUUCAUGUUGGUGGAAUUCAACCCUACAGUGCAAUUAACGAAUUGAAUAAUCAAACAAAUGGUCAACAAACGACAGGUUUUAAUCAUACUAAUGUUCAUAAUUCUAUGUUUAAUGGGAAUAGUGAUUUGAAUGUAUUACCAUUAUAUCUACGUUCUGCUGUUGACCAACUAACCAAUAUGUUCCCACAAUUCCCACGUUCUGUGAUAAUUGCUGAGCUUUUAGCUACAGGCGUUCCAGAUUUAGCAGCAGAAAAUUUAAUGGCUAGACCAUCACCGAUAACCCCUACUUCAAGCUCUAGUGACAUGAUUCCUACUACUAGUGCUAUUGUAAAUCAGAAUAUGUAAGUAGUAUGUAUCAUCAAUCAAAAGUGAAGUGCCUGGCAGCAGAAGGUUAAGAAGACCUAAGAAGAGAGAGCGAAUGGUGUGGAAACGAAAGAACACUGAAGUCUGAAACGGUUGAUUAACAUUUUGCAAAUGAAGUAUUUAUUGUACAGUUCUCAGAUUUUACUAAGACGCUCUGUAAUUUUGUAUUCAAAUACAUCCGAUUGUCCCCGCUUGUGUUCUCGUUCACUACGAUAUCAGUGGGAUUUAUUGAGCAAAUUUGAACUAAUUAAAAGAAAUAAAUAAGUUGUCAGCUUAAGAUAUGGAGCAACAAAAUCGAAAACUAAAACUCCGACAGAUAUGAUUCACGAUUAUAGUUAGUUGUGAUCAAGUAGUAUUUUCCUCAUUCUAACUAUUUAUUCCAUUGUUCGGCUUGCAAGUAACUUCAUUCUUUGUUAUCUAUAAGAUCCUAAUUAUCUUGAUUAUUUUCCAGAUUUUCCCGAAUUGUAUCCUCUAUACCUAAUCUUUUCUAAUAUAACUAAGGUUGUUACUACUUAUACUACUCUGGUAUCUUACUGUGGCGAUGUGGUGUGACACUGAACCGAUUCUCAUAUUUCCCAGGUUCUACAUUGCGUAUAACUGACUGGCUUAACUUGAUAUGCUUAGUCUAGCUAUGCUAAUAAACAUUUUAGUUAAUGAUUUUAAUGCACUACAAAAUUGGUCAAUAAAUGAGAAGUAGAUCCAUAAAUAAUUGCUUCAUCUUCUGAAAUCCAUUUCAAGGAACUUAUAAGCAAUAUACAAUCCUUUUUAAGGAUUUCAUCUAUCAUUUAUAGAUUACCCUGUGAGAAAUACUUCCUUUUAUCUGACGCUUGGUUUCACGUGAAAAAAAACUCGUGGAGACCAGGUCUGUCUGACACGCGGAAGUGAAUAUACUGGUCAGAUGUUCACCCCUCAACAGGUUUUGAAACGUAAGCAAAAUAAUAUAAACCCAACUAAAGUUCAAUUACCUGACCUUAAGACAGCAUUCGACUCCAUCAGCCGAGACAUUUUGUGACUGGGUUUAUCAUCGUAAAAUUUUAUCGAUAAAGCCCACAAACCCGGAUAAUAGUUCGAAUCAGAGUUCAUCGUGAACUGUCAUCAAAAUCAUCAACUACUUCAGGUCUGGCCACAAUCAUUUUUAUCUAAUUUUACCAUGGAUGUCCCCUUAGAAACCACACUUUACCUAACUUUUCGAAAAUUGAUCUAUCAGGAGGUCUACUUAUUGGGUUAGAAUACCAAAAUGACAAUUUGGUGAAGACUUAGAAAAUGCAGUUUUUUUUUUAUCACUUUAAGUAGCAAUAUAAACGUGUUUAGAUCACGUUUAUCUCCCCCUAACUGCAAAUAUUGCUUGAAUACUGGCCUCUGUCAUCGCCUAGAUUGAUAAUAGGGGGCGAAUCAAUUGACUUUUGAUCGUUUUAUUUAUCUGGGAUAUCUCAACAACCAUGAUAGAUUGGUGUCUGACGAAAUCGUGACAUGGAUUCAAUAAGCCAAAUGACUGGCUUUUUUCAAACUGAGUCAUUUAUGGAGUUGGUGAGAUAUCUGUCUGCCAACUAAGUGGCGAUUUAACUGUACAGCAGUUCAUUUUGUAUUACUAUAUGUUUGUGAAACAUGGACCAUAGAAACAGAAGACAUUCGUAGGCUGCAGACUUUUGACUAUAGAUGUCUUGAAUGCAUCCCCUGAAUAUAUUAUCGCGACAAAGUGAAAAAAUGCUAAGGCUAAUCCUAGGGUCCCGACCGAAGGUGCUACCUUGACGCGGUGGUCGGAGUUGCCUAUCUUGAUGACCCAACCGAGCUAUAUUGGCUGGGACAUAUGUUCCUGUAGGUUCUACCAUGCCAGGCAGGUCGAUUGGUGAACGGUAAGACUAAAAGCAGCAACUCAAGGUCUGAGGGCGAAGUCGUACUGCUGACUGUAGAGAGGUGUGACAGCAGUAAGGUGUUUCCCUCAGACAACCAGCAUGACAGCGAUGCUGCCUUCCCACAAGGAGAGGUGGGGUUAGAAACGGUCGACCCUAAAAAUGUCACACCUCACCUUACCUCACGGAUUUCCGUCUCCGGUGGUAAGGCCCUUUGAAGAACGGAGCUAACACGUCAAAAAGCUUCCACAAAAAGGCCGUUCGUGACCGGCCUCAAGCAGUUGUCCCUUGGGCUCUGCGGUCACGCUCCCAGGUCGUCAAGACCAACACUAAUUCAACUUCCUUUUCAGGUUCCUCAAGAAAUACCCUUCCACGGUGUGGGCAGCCGGGAAGUGACAUCAGCCCUCAUACCCGUAACAGCACACGAGACCAAGUUGGUCACAUUCAAAUCCUUCCUACACCUCCUAAUACCUCUCUUAUCUCCAUGACUAACCCUCCUCACGUCUCUUUGUCACCUCGCACUGCUAGGGCAAACGAUUCGAGUACGUGGAACGCUAUUCCUGGUCUCCUGAAACUACGCUCUAAACUACACGUAGGAGCUUUUAACGUCCGAACACUUUGCCAAAUAGGACAGCAGGCUUCCUUAGCUAGGACUUCAGAAUCUCGCGCCAUCGAUGUGUGCUGCGUCUCCGAAACGCGCAUACAGGAUCCGAGUAGCGUCAUUCAUUUGACCUCACCAUGCCAAAAUAAAGAACCGACUCGAUUUACGCUUCGUGUAUCUGGAAGCCCUGAUUCUGUUUCCCGUGGCCUCGCCGGCGUAGGUAUAGUAUUGAGUCCUAGGGCAGGACUAGCUCUCUUAGAGUGGAUCCCAGUAGACAGCCGUUUGUGCGCUGCCCGACUGAACGGAACAGUAAGAAUCCGGAAAGAUAGGGACACUCGUCGUUGCCUCUUCGUCGUCUCUGCCUAUUCUCCCACUGACUGCAGCUCAGAUGAUGUAAGAGAUGAGUUUUACAGAAAGCUUUCGGACCUUCUCCGAAAAGCUAGGCGCUCUGAUGUAGUAAAAGUGGCCAGUGACUUUAAUGCUCAAGUAGGUAAACUAAGCGAUAGGGAAAGACAUCUAGGUGGAUCUUAUGGUGUCGUGGCUCAAAGAACAGAUAAUGG